AUGGGUACUCCAACACCAAGAAAAUUUUCUGAAAAAAUUGCUCUUAUGGAAAGAAAACAAAAUGAAGAUCAAGAAUUAUUUCAUUCUAUAAUGAGAGAUGUUAAAGCAAUAACAUCAAACAAUUCUUUAUCAAAUCCAACAACACCAUUGCCUUGUACACAAUCAUCUAAUCAACAAUCAACUAAUUUUUUAUUUCAUCAAAAUAAUAAUCAGGGAUACUCAACAAAUAUGAUGAAUAAUAUUUAUCAACAACCUUCAACUACAACAGAUACACUAUAUCAAGAGAUUCCUAUAACUUCAAAUACAUUACAAUUACAAAAUAAUGGAUGGAAUGGUGUUGGUGGAUCUUUGCCAAAUGUACAUGAUCCAUAUUUUAAUCAAAAUCAAACAGUUCCACAAAAUACAUUAAAUGCUUUUUAUAUUAAUCCAAAUAGUAAUUUAAAUCAUCAUCCAUCUCCUACAGGAUCAUCUUACUCAUCUUCACAUUUAAGAUCUCGUUCCCCUGGAGCACCUAAUCAUUAUCAUCCUUAUUCUGGAGGUGGUACAUUAUCAAUUAUUCGUAGUAGACCACAUUAUGAAAAACAAAAUACUUUUGAUGGUUAUGAAAUUAAUUAUCCAGGAACAUCAAAUCAAUUAGUACCACCAGAUAUGUAUCCACACAAAGCACGUUCUGAUUCAGCUAUUAAUAUUCAUCCACAUACUAAUUACCAUAACGAAGUCAUUCAUAAUAAUAAUCAUUACUCAAAUAGUUAUUAUAAUCAAAAUGGAACUGUACAAAAUUAUGAACAAUUAAAUAAUAUGUAUAAUCAAAAUGGAUUGAUAAAUAACGGAUCUCCAAAUUCCAUAUCUCAGGAUUCACCUAUUAAUAAUAUAUAUCAACCAUCUACAAAUAUCAUACAACAAUCAACAUCAGAAUAUCCAUUACAACAAUCCUCAACAACAUAUGGAAAUGGAAUUUUAAAUAAUCAACAACAAUCACCAAUUCAGGUAAUGAAUAUACCAACAACUACAACACCACCACCUCAAAAAACAUCUUGCCAACAACCUCCAAUAAUUAUAAAUCAAAAUGGUUCUUUUCAUCAAUCCUGUCAACAAAAACAACAACAAUCAUCUAUAGUUACAUAUCCACAAUCACAACAAACAACAACAUAUCCACAACAAAAUCUUAUUGGCCCAUAUUCAACAAUGUCUCAGGAAUCUUAUCAACAACAAUCAUCUCCUGAAAGUCCAUCAACUUCAACAACAACAUAUGAUAAAUCGUCUUCACCACCACGUGGUUGUGGAUAUCAAAUAAAUAAUAAAAAAUAUUCUAAUUCACCUGAUCCAUUAGAUAUUCCAAAUAUUGUGUUAACAGGAGCAGAUGGAGAAUUAGAUAGUUUUCAAAAUUUAAAUUUAACAAAUGAUUCUUAUGAAUAUUCACCUAUAAUAUCAACAUCAAAUGGUAUAAUAAGUUGUAGUAAUGGACUUGUAAUGACAACAAAUCAACAGGAAAUGUUAAUAACAACAGGUACAGAAAUUUCCUCCACCUAUCAUAAUAAUAUAAAUUCAUCAAUGAUGGAUCAUCAUUCUCCAAUUGUUAUUAAAAGGGACUUUAUUAAUUAG